CCUCUCCUCCUGACUUCUUCGCCACAGACUUACCAGGAGCUCAGUGGCCAUGGUGCAGUGGAUUCUGAUUGUUGUGGCUCUCUUGGUCCUGGGUCAUGCACUGCCAGGGAGCACUGAAUUCAAACGGUGCUGGAAGGGCCAAGGGGCCUGCCGAACUUACUGCAUGAGGCAAGAAUCCUUUAUGCACUUGUGUCCAGAUGCUUCCCUCUGCUGCCUCGCCUACUCCCUCAAGGCUCCGCCAGCCUCCAAGGUUGGAUGUAAAUAGCUGGCUCUGGGGCUGGCAUCCUUGUGCUCCAAUAAAACUCCU